AUGAUGCUGACGUUGCGAAGUCGUAUGUUUGGCGUCCGUCAACUGGGGCUAGUGUUUUCAUCGCUUCAUCUCCACGCACGGCAUGCCUCAAAUUUUGGGAACGGAGGAAAUGAGAUGAACCUACCGACGGGUGGGAUAGGCAAGAAGAAUGCCGAUGGGGAGAAUAUUGUUGCACGCACUUCUGAGACGGCAGGCAUCAAUGGAAUUUAUGGCAAUCGGGCUCAGAACGCCAUACGCGGCAUGUUGGGGCCGCAGGGUCAGGCGGAUGCGCGUGAGUCCAAAGCGGUACCCAUUUUGGGAAGAGCCACGGUGGGCGGGACGAAGUACACAUGUGAUCGGUCAACCGCGUUUGAAAACUGGCGUCAUAUUUGCCCGGCGCCGGUGGGGUUUCACUUGUCAAAGUUGGGAAGUGCAACAUGUAAGAUGCCCAACGACAUCAAUGAGGCUGUUGAGUCCCUGCAGUUACAAAUCAUUAAGGGAUGCAACGUAUUUGAGCUUGACGGAAGCAUGUCAGACGUUCAUCAGAGUGUUGCCCGUGCCUUUUAUGAAGCUUUGCAGGCGUUUGAAUUGGAACGGGAUGGAUUUGUCAUUGUAUUCCGUUGCGGCAUCAUUAAGCAGCAACCAUUUCAAGAGGAGUUGACGCAGGUGGAGACCUCCAACACGGCAGUGGUGCGUAACCGCAUUGUCCCUAUUUUUGAGCGCUACAAGGCAGCUUCUCUUCCAUCGAUGCAGCUCAAAUCUGGGUUUCGUAUUAGCGAUUUAACGGAGGAUCAGCUGGCACGCUUAAAUCUUCGCCGUGUAUCGAAGACGGCUGCGGCAGGUCUCUCGCCGGAAUGGUUAGAGGCAUUUUUUACGAAUGUCGCCUACAACACGAAAUUGGAGUGCAUCGAUGUUUUAUUACUCGAUGGGUUUCACACCCUCUUUGAUGAACGCCCAAAUGCACACAUUGAUGAUGACAUUUUGCAAAUCUUUGCGUACCUUGAAAAUCAAGUGAGACUCGGUGUGUUGCAGUACUACGGCAUAUCAUCACCCUAUCUGGCUCCUCACAUUCAGCGGGACUACCCACCACUUCCACCGGAUGCAAUGGUGCCGGAUCAUAUUCGAAACAGGCGACCGCUUCCUCCUGUCAUUAAUUUAUACCGUAUCAUGGAACUUGCCCGGCGUGCUGGGGGUGACAACCACCACCUUCGCUUUGUGCAGUAUCCAUUCAACCUGACCUUUUCACAGGCGCUUAAUAAACCACUACCGUAUGAUGGCAAUCACACCCUGUACUCACUCACAAGGGCGCUGGGACUCACGGCACUAGGCUAUAGCCCGUUGGAGGCAACAGAUCUGAUGGAACUUCCACAACGCUACCAUAACUUUCCCAUGGAGGCAGAUCUUAAAUCACUUCGCAUGAACUUUUUCACUGUCUGUGAACGUUGUGUGUUGAAGGAAAUGGAGGUAAAGGACUCCAUUGAAAAAGGUCCAUCGACGCUUCCUCCACUAGAGCACCUUUUUGUCGCAAGUGUAUACCUUGCGGCACAGCGGCAGUUCAAUAAUUUAUUUUUUUUUACCAGUUGGGCGACUUAUUACAUGAUACCACGAUUCAGGCGUGCAUUGAUGCGUUUUAAAGAGGCCUCUUCAACGGAUCUCAAGGAGUGGUGCAAGCAAUACGAACAGUUGGUUAACGACAUGCUUAGGCUGCGCAAACGCAUGUUUGAGCAUAAAUUUGGCAAAUAUGCACUUGAAAAGAGUCAUGCGAUUGAUCGCGUCAGUCCGACGCUGGCGAUGUGUCCGAUGUUAAAUCAAAAGGCUUUAAAUUUUGCAACAUACGGCUGCGACACUGUUCUGGCGGGAUUUCAUGUUUCACGUUACUUUCACGAAGCGACGGAGUUAAACCCCGCUAAAAAUGGUGAGCUCCCUGUACCUCAGGAAGAAAUUAUGGCACUAUGCGAUUCAGCGGAGGUGUCCUUUGCCAACUGCUCCCCACCCGACCCGUAUAUGUUAGAGCCUAUUCUUACAGAGGGGAAGCUGUCCAAGCAGAAGAGUAAGUCCUUGGAGUACAUGGUGAAGAUUGACCCACACAAUCCCAAGUUUCCAGACAUUCCGGAAGAAGUGGAGCCGGGGGACGCAACGACACAAACUACAUGA